AUGCCAACAGUCCCCCCGAUUGAAGUCCAGGCGUCUUGCGUCAUCUUUCAUCAUAUUUGAAGGGGCGAGAAACAAAGAGAGGAGAUGGGGGAGACAGAAGAUAUUAUGGAAGCUGUAAAGAAGGAAGCAGUUGAUUUGGAAACGAUUCCAAUUGAGGAAGUUUAUGAAAAUUUGCGAUGUUCCAAAGACGGGUUAUCGUCGGAGGAUGCAGAGAAGAGAUUGGAGAUUUUUGGGUACAACAAGCUUGAAGAGAAGAAGGAGAGCAAGUUUUUGAAGUUCCUAGGGUUUAUGUGGAACCCACUGUCGUGGGUCAUGGAAGUUGCAGCAAUUAUGGCCAUCGCACUUGCCAACGGAGGAGGAAAACCACCUGAUUGGCAGGAUUUUGUUGGGAUCAUCACACUGCUUGUCAUCAAUUCAACAAUAAGCUUUAUAGAGGAGAACAAUGCUGGUAAUGCAGCAGCAGCUCUCAUGGCACGUCUUGCACCCAAAGCGAAGGUGCUUCGCAAUGGCAAAUGGAAUGAAGAAGAUGCAGCCAUUCUCGUUCCAGGUGAUAUAAUCAGUAUUAAACUCGGGGAUAUUAUCCCAGCAGAUGCUCGGCUUCUUGAGGGUGAUCCGCUAAAGAUUGACCAGUCUGCGCUGACGGGUGAGUCCCUUCCUGUGACAAAGCACCCUGGGGAUGGAGUUUAUUCAGGCUCUACAUGCAAACAGGGGGAGCUUGAAGCAGUUGUCAUUGCCACAGGUGUGCAUACCUUCUUUGGAAAGGCUGCACAUCUUGUGGACUCUACAAACCAAGUAGGCCAUUUUCAGAAGGUUUUGACAGCAAUAGGGAACUUCUGUAUAUGUUCAAUUGCAGUGGGAAUGAUAGUAGAAAUUAUCGUGAUGUAUCCAAUUCAACACCGUGAUUAUCGUCCUGGAAUUGACAAUUUGCUAGUACUUCUCAUUGGUGGAAUUCCUAUUGCAAUGCCAACAGUUUUAUCUGUUACAAUGGCAAUUGGUUCCCACCGCUUAUCUCAGCAGGGGGCUAUCACAAAAAGGAUGACAGCAAUAGAAGAAAUGGCAGGCAUGGAUGUUCUUUGCAGUGAUAAAACUGGGACUCUGACACUGAACAAGCUUACUGUUGACAAAAAUCUAAUAGAGAUAUUUGCUAAAGGAGUGGAUGCAGAUAUGGUGGUUUUGAUGGCUGCAAGAGCCUCUAGGGUGGAAAACCAAGACGCAAUAGAUGCUGCUAUAGUAGGGAUGUUGGCUGAUCCAAAGGAGGCAAGAGCUGGCAUUCAAGAGGUCCAUUUUCUUCCAUUCAACCCAACUGAUAAGCGGACGGCACUGACAUAUAUGGAUGGUGAAAAUAAAAUGCAUCGUGUCAGUAAGGGUGCCCCUGAACAGAUUUUGAAUCUUGCACAUAAUAAAUCAGACAUUGAGCGUAGGGUCCAUAUUGUGAUAGAUAAAUUUGCUGAACGUGGUUUGCGAUCCCUUGCAGUAGCAUACCAGGAAGUCCCUGAGGGAAAGAAGGAAAGCCCAGGAGGUCCAUGGGAAUUUGUUGGCCUCAUGCCCCUUUUUGAUCCACCCAGGCAUGAUAGCGCAGAGACGAUUAGGAGGGCCUUGAAUCUUGGAGUAAGCGUAAAAAUGAUCACAGGUGAUCAGCUAGCAAUAGGAAAAGAAACUGGACGACGCCUUGGAAUGGGAACCAAUAUGUACCCUUCAUCUGCAUUACUGGGACAGCACAGGGACGAAUCUAUUGUUGCCUUGCCCGUUGAUGAGCUGAUUGAAAAGGCCGAUGGGUUUGCUGGUGUUUUCCCUGAGCAUAAAUAUGAGAUUGUAAAACGUUUGCAAGCUAGAAAGCAUAUAUGCGGUAUGACUGGUGAUGGAGUGAAUGAUGCCCCUGCGCUUAAGAAAGCAGACAUUGGAAUAGCGGUUGCAGAUGCAACUGAUGCUGCUCGUAGUGCAUCUGACAUAGUGCUGACAGAACCUGGUCUUAGCGUUAUUAUCAGCGCUGUACUAACUAGUCGAGCAAUCUUCCAGAGGAUGAAAAAUUACACUAUCUAUGCUGUUUCAAUCACUAUCCGUAUUGUGCUUGGUUUCAUGCUACUAGCUCUCAUAUGGAAGUUUGACUUUCCACCCUUCAUGGUGCUGAUCAUCGCGAUUCUUAAUGACGGUACCAUUAUGACAAUUUCCAAGGACAGAGUGAAACCGUCUCCUCAACCCGACAGCUGGAAGUUGUCCGAGAUUUUUGCUACGGGGAUCAUUCUUGGUAGCUACUUGGCUAUGAUGACUGUCAUUUUCUUCUGGGCAGCAUAUGAUACCAACUUUUUCCCGCGUGUGUUUGGCGUUUCAAGCCUUCAGAAAACUGCUAACAUUGAUGAGGACGAACAAGACUUCAGGAAGCUAGCCUCGGCGAUAUACCUACAAGUGAGUACCAUCAGCCAGGCACUUAUAUUCGUCACACGAUCCAGGAGUUGGUCCUUUUAUGAACGUCCAGGAGCUCUACUUUUUGGUGCUUUCUUGAUUGCUCAACUGAUUGCAACGCUUAUUGCCGUUUAUGCAAACUGGAGUUUUUGUGCAAUCGAAGGGAUCGGAUGGGGUUGGGCUGGAGUUAUAUGGCUUUAUAACAUUGUCUUCUACAUCCCGCUCGAUUUCAUCAAGUUCUUCAUCAGAUAUGCUUUAAGUGGCAGAGCUUGGGAUCUUGUCAUCGAUCAAAGGGUUGCCUUCACGAGAAAAAGAAACUUUGGGAAGGAAGAUCGUGAGCUUAAAUGGGCUCAAGCACAAAGGACACUGCAUGGACUCGACCCACCUGAGACUCAAUUCGUUGAACGCAACAACCACAACGAGCUUAAUCAAAUGGCUGAAGAUGCAAUUCGCCGAGCUGAGAUGACAAGGCUGCGGGAAUUGCUUACUCUCAAAGGUCACGUGGAAUCGGUUGUGAAAUUGAAGAACAUCGACAUAGAUACGAUCCAACAAUCGUACACCGUUUGAGAAGCACGUCAUACAGAAUGCUUCAUACUUCCAACCGAACAUACAUGUAGUAAGCACGUAACGCAAUUCCUCGGAAAAGUAGCAUCUUCAACGUUUUUAAUUACGCAUGGGGGCGUUGGUUUGACAAAAUGUUUUUUUAAGAGAAUUUGAUUUCAUGGAAGGAUUGGGAAUAUUUGGUAUGUUUGUUUUGUAGGAUUUGGAAGGUCGAAUUACAUUCU